GCACUAUGGCUCCUAAAGUCAGUUCCAAAGGCGCGAAGAAAGCCGGCAAGGCCAAAGCCGUUCGCUCCGGAGAUAAGAAAAAGAAGAGGAAGCGAAAGGAAAGCUAUGCCAUCUACAUCUACAAGGUGUUAAAGCAGGUGCACCCGGACACUGGCAUCAGCAGCAAGGCCAUGUCCAUCAUGAACAGCUUCGUCAACGACAUCUUCGAAAGAAUCGCCGCCGAAGCUUCCCGCCUGGCUCACUACAACAAGCGCUCUACCAUCACCAGCCGCGAGAUCCAGACGGCUGUGCGCCUCUUGCUGCCAGGUGAGCUGGCCAAGCACGCCGUGUCCGAGGGCACCAAGGCCGUCACCAAGUACACCAGCAGCAAAUAAACUUCAACUUAUUUGCCUGCCUGCCUCUCACCCCUGACUGCUAAUCCUCGUCACAGGUCCUUUUCAGGACCACCACACUUUCUCGGUGAAGACAUUACGCUUCUUCACGCAAGUUAGCUUCUCACUUAUUGU